AUGGCAACUGCCACUACAACCGCCAGCCACAUCACCCAAACUGUGUCAAGAUCAUCAGCCAUUAAGCGAAAGCAAGCACCACCGUUUCCCACCCAUGGGUUCCUCGACUGUAUUCCCAAAGCUGUAGGUGAGAAGAAGAAGAAGAAGAGGAAGUAUCGGCGUUACGCAGCGCUGGGUCCUUGCUUCCAGAGCAAGAAUAACGCACCUGCCUGGGGAAGUGCAAGCACGACGGAGCUCGAGAAUCUUUUGGACGCUGAUGGUUCGGUGGAGGGAAAGGACGAUGACGACUACGAGGCGGACGAGGAGGAAUCUGUGUACAGCGAGGAUGACUCUAUGUCUACUAUUUCCACCUACUCAACUCCUGAGUAUUCUGGAGAGUGGAAGCAACCGGAGAAGCAGAUUUUAGUGGAGGUGGGAGACUGGAACUGGAAGCCCGUUAAUAUUAACGAUUGGUGA